GAAUGCGUCACCGUGUGCCGCCUGUUGUGGUGGAGUGGCUGAUUGUUGUGGAGCCGCGGAGUGAAUGAGGGGAGGGAGGGAGGUGAUCAGCGUGUGAAAACGGACCGAUACUGACCGCCGCGCGAAGUCGCCUCCCGCAAGCUGUAAACAGGCAGGAUCCCCCCUCCCGCCGGUCCAGGUUGGCGGAUUAUCUGGAGCCGAGAGCGGGCUGAAGGAGGAGAAAGUUUGUGAGGAGGGAUCGGGGUGGUCGAGCAGGCCGCGGACACCGCAACUUCACCCUUCACUCCGCUUCGGUUAUUUUUCGCAGCAGAAAGAAAAAGUGAACAAAACCCGGUUAAAUGCGGUUCGGGUCCAAAAUGAUGCCUAUGUUUCUCACAGUGUACCUGAGCAACAGUGACCAACAUUUUACAGAGGUACCAAUCACUCCUGAGACCACUUGUCGUGAUGUUGUUGGAUACUGCAAAGAGCCAGGAGAAACAGACUGUCAUUUGGCUGAGUGCUGGCAUGGUGGUGAACGUGCCAUAGCAGACAAUGAGCAUAUAUAUGAUAUUCUGCAGCAGUGGGGAGCACAGAGAAAUGAAGUUCGUUUUUACUUGCGCCAUGAGCGUCCACCAAGCAUAGUUCGGGAUACAGGCUGUUUGAGACUCCAAGACCCAACGCUGAAGAGAAACAGAGUGCAGGGUACUACAGAAAGACGAAUGGAAAAUGGAAUUAGUGGGCCACGCAUGGAUAUGACGCUUGCUGAACUGCAAGAAAUGGCAGCACGGCAACAACAACAAAUUGAUUCCCAACAGCAACUGUUGGCUACAAAGGAGCAGCAUCUGAGAUACUUGAAGCAGCAGGACCAUCGUGACCAGCAGUUAGCAGAACAGGAGAAGCUGAAAAAGCUUCGCGAGAUUGCAGAAAGUCAAGAGGCCAAAUUGAAGAAUGUACGGACACUUAAAGGACAAGUGGAACAAAAGCGACUAAGCAAUGGGAGACUGGUUGAGGAGAUUGAACAGAUGAACAGUCUCUUCCAACAAAAGCAGAGAGAAUUGGUAAUUGCUAUUGCAAAGGUUGAAGAGCUAACCAGACAACUGGAUAUGUUGAAAAGCGGAAAGAUUGAUGGUUAUCAUGACAACCAAUCUGCUGUGGCUGAGCUUGAUAGGCUUUAUAAAGAACUACAGUUGAGGAAUAAAUUGAACCAGGAGCAGAAUGCAAAGCUUCAGCAUCAAAGGGAGACCCUAAACAAGCGUAACUCUGAAGUUGCAUCAAUGGACAGACGGAUUGGGGAUCUGCGUGAGCGUCUGUGGAAAAAGAAGGCUGCUUUACAACAAAAAGAGAAUGUUCCAGUUUCAUCUGACAAACAUAUUCCACAACAAGUGGUGUCUUCUGCACCCAGCCGUGUGGCUGCAGUUGGACCCUAUAUCCAGUCAUCCACCUUGCCCCGUGCCCCACAAAAACUUGAGCUCCUAGUAAAGCCAGCCUUUCCGAAUGGAUCAUCUACUCUAUCCAGUGUGCAUACACAUGCUGUUUCAGUAAAUGCCCAGACUCCAACAAAAUCUGCUGUGUCUUCAGUGAAAGCACCUGUUGCUGGCAUUGUGACUCAGGCACAUUUGCAGACACCACCUCAGUCUGGUCCCGAAAGGAAUGAACCAAGUUUUGGCGUUCCUGUUCGUCAGCCUUCAACAACUGCUUCCUUGAAUGUUAGUACUUCAAACCUGAUCAGAGGUGCAGCGGUACCCAAUGCAGAUCAAGUCGGUGAUGGUGAUGUUGUGAUGAGAGACAAGAAUGAUAAGAGAGUGCGUUGUUUCUCUAUGUUUGAAUCCAUGGAUCCAUCAGCAGUAAUUCCAUCUUCUGGAACAUUAAGGAAAAACCAGAGCAGUGAGGACCUUCUUCAGGAAAUACAGACUGGUAACAAGAAUGUGGUUAAAGUACCGCCCCCUGUUCCUACCAAACCUAAACAGAUUUCCUUGCCCUUUUUUGGACCAUCUGGCUUAGCUACUGCAGCAGAGAGUAAAACUGAAUACAACUCACAAAAGUUACCUGGGACUGCAGGUACUAUGGCCAAUAAACUUAAGCCAGCCCAAGCCACAGGACCGCAACAAGUGCAACAUUGUGCCUCAAAUGCGCAACUUCAGCCACCUACAGAGGCACCUCCUGCAGCUACAGUUAGGCCUUUUACUCCACAGCCAUCCAAAGAACCUCCAUCCCAGCCCCUGAGAAAACCAGAGACUGUGGCUGCCAGCUCCAUCUAUACAAUGUACACUCAGCAACAAGCGCCAGGCAAAAACUUCCAGCAGGCCGUUCAGAAUGCCCUGACCAAAGCGCAAACACGGCCACAGUUCACAAGUGUAUAUGGCAAACCGGUGGUUUCUGCAUCUUCACAGAAUUAUAUAAACAAUCAGUCUCAAGCUGACCAGGAAAUCAAUACUCUGUAUUCAAGGAGCCAAGAUAAACCAGAUUGCCCUGAAUCAGAGACUGAUAAUGCUGCAUCUCUUGGAGACCACUCGGAGACUGAGCGCAUUCCUCGUCCGCUGAGCCCCACGAAGCUUCUUCCUUUUAUGUAUAAUCCGUAUCGAAAUCAGAGUGAUGCUGAUUUGGAGGCAUUAAGGAAAAAACUGUCCAAUGCACCUAGGCCACUGAAGAAACGUAGCUCCAUUACUGAGCCCGAAGGACCAAAUGGACCCAAUAUUCAAAAGCUGCUCUAUCAGCGUACCACACUAGCUGCAAUGGAAACAGCUAGUCCAAUGCCAUUCUAUCAACCAAAACAACCUGCUUUUUCAUCCGCUGAAGAGAAUACCAUAACUGAAAGCAGAGAUGUCAGUGUUAAAGUAGAAGAUGAGACUACAGCAUCAACAGUAGAAAUUCCAGAUCAAACAGAACCAGGUGUCAUAAAGGAGACUGAGGCAUCAGGUGCUGAAGAACUUGUGAAAACUUCCCCAGGUAGCUCAGCUUUUCUGGAAGGGCAGCUCGUAGUUCCUACUCUUUUACCUGCUGUAGAAGAGCAACCAAAUCAGGAGAGCCCACUUUCACCACAGGAGUUAGCAGAAGAAUAUCCUCCUUACCCACCACCACCUUAUCCUGUUGCUGGUAAUCAUGACGCUGUUGGUGAUGAUAGCUAUAAUAUGCGUCCACCUGAGAUUACUGGACAUACAGUCCUGCCACCUGGAAAAAGAACAAAUCUGAAAAAGGUGGGGUCAGAGCGCAUAGGUCACAGUAUGAGAGUGAAGUUCAAUCCUCUCGCCUUACUGCUCGAUUCUUCUCUGGAAGGUGAAUUUGAUUUAGUCCAGCGUAUCAUCUAUGAGGUGGAAGAUCCCAGCCAACCAAAUGAUGAAGGAAUAACAGCACUACAUAAUGCUGUGUGUGCAGGCCAUACAGAAAUUGUGAAGUUCUUAGUACAGUUUGGAGUAAAUGUUAAUGCAGCAGAUAGUGAUGGGUGGACUCCUUUGCAUUGUGCAGCCUCCUGUAAUAAUGUGCAAGUUUGCAAGUUCCUAGUUGAAUCUGGAGCAGCAGUGUUUGCUACAACCUACAGUGACCUACAGACUGCUGCUGAUAAAUGUGAGGAGAUGGAGGAUGGUUACGUCCAAUGCUCACAAUUUCUAUACGGUGUGCAAGAGAAGAUGGGUAUAAUGAACAGAGGCAUAGUAUAUGCACUUUGGGAUUAUGAAUCUCAAAAUGAAGAUGAAUUAUCGUUUAAGGAAGGUGACUGUAUGUCAGUAAUCCGACGAGAAGAUGAGAAUGAAAUUGAAUGGUGGUGGGCACGGUUAAAUGAAGGUGAAGGAUACGUAGCUCGCAAUUUACUUGGGCUUUAUCCAAGAAUUAAACCAAGACAGCGAAGUCUGGCAUAAAGCAACUACCAGAAAACAUUAUCGAUAAAGACUACAACCUUCGUUUAUUUUUCAGGAAGUUGUAGCAAUCCAGAUCCAACGGAAUAUUUGCAAUAAAAUAAUGAUCUCCAGACGUAAAUGAAGGAAAAUUCAAUGUACACAAAGAAUGCUUCUGUAAUGAAGUUAGAUAUUUUUGCUCAGUGUUAAUGAUCACCUGUUUUAGAUGGCGAACGAAGUUUAUGUUUUUGAAAACAAGAGUGUGUAUUUUAAUGGACAAUAAUACAGAUAAUAUUUUAAAGAUCUUGUAUAGAUGGAGCACAGAUGAUUUGACAAAAAAAGCUAAACUUGUUUCUCCUCCAUCAUUAUUUUUUAAAUCAAAUUUGUUGUUACUGCAUUUGUUAUUUUUGCUAUAUGCUAUCCAGGACUGUCUUUUGCUAGCAUCAAUAAGAAAAUUAUUUCUCUUUUAACAGAAACAGUUAGGCGAAGUUAAAAUGGGAAUCUUAGCAAAGAUUUUGAUAGUUAAAGUAGUUUCAAGCAGGAUUAUAGAUAGUCAAUGCCUUAGUUUUUAGCUGUUUCUAGUAUCCAGAUAUUUUUAUCUUGAGAUAUUACUCUUCACUAUGAUAUAUUGCAAAUUCCAAAGCUUGCAGCUAAGAUUUGGAGGGUUGGUUCAAAAAAUUUAAAAACUUAUUUUUGAUAUUUUCAGUGAUGGUCUUUCAGACGCAAAACAUUAAACAAUAUUUUUCUGGCUGACUCUGGCCUGUCCCUUUUAACUCUUUCUAGUUUAGGUUACAAUAAAUUUCCUUACAUAAAAGAAGAAUUUCAUUUUUUGAUCUUACUUCUAUAUAUUAAACAAUGACUGCAGAGGUAAAUAUUUUGUAUUUCUCAAUAUCCCAAUAUAAAAAUAAAUGCAGUCUUUUUCAAAGACAAAAUAAUAUAGUAUUGCAGUUCUAAUCUUUUUCCAGACUUCUAUCCCUAAAGAAAUAUAAGUUUAGUGUGGUCUAAAACUAUUAACAUUUUAUAUACUAAUAUCUUUAACAAUUAAUUACUAGGCAUUAAUUUAGGAACAGUUAUUUUAUUAUUGUUUAAUUCAUUGCAUAGACAUGAAGACAUUAUGAUGUAAACACUCAUACCACUGUGCUUUAGACAACUUUCAUUUCUCCACAGAUGUGGAUUUUUACCAGUUUAAUAAGCCUUGCAAGAAAUAUAAAUUCUUGUGUGGAUAAAAACUGCAUUUUGCCCCUUCUGUACACUGUAGAACCAUCCAUUAAUAAGUGUUAACCUCCAGCCUUUAUCUAAUAAUAAAUAAUUGAGAUUCAGAAUCAAGCAUGUUGGUUGUUACCUGGAGGUUCUGCCAUCUAUGCCUGAAAAAAAACUGUGGGUGUUGCACUUAUUAACUUUUAAAAUGAAAUUUAUGACGAUUUGGAAGCUCUGGCUUCCAAAGCACAGCUAAAUAAGAUACAAGCAUGUAGUUGAUCGGUAUCUCAACUCCAAUUUGCCUACUCUGAGUACAAUUUCUACACAUCUAGGUUUAACUCAUUUUUGUUGAAAGAGCAUUCAAGCUCCUUCUUGUGAAGAAGUGCUUCCUGGUGUUGCUCGUAAACCAGUUUGAUGUUUAUGUCACCAGGUUCUGAUCGACAUAGGCAGAAGAGAUUUCAUGUUAUUUAUUCUAAUUUUACAAAUGUUUCAAGCAUGUCAUCCCAUUGUAUUUUAAAUGAAGAGAGUACAAAUCUAGACCUUUCAUUUGAAUCUUCUGAUCCAGGCCUCAUCAAACCUGGUAUCAUUCUGGUGAAUCCUGCUUUUGCUACAUUCGCAAAAAGCAGGAUUUCUGGUGGCCAACCAUUUUAAUUCCAAUCCCUGUUUCUAUUCCAACAUGUCGGUCAAUGACCUCUACUGCCACAAUGAGGCCAUUCUCAGGUUGGGGCAACAACACCUUAUAUUCCAACUUGGUAGUCUCAACCCGAUGGCAUGAACAUUGAUUUCUCCAACGUGGUAAUCUUUCCCCUUCCCUCUUCAGUUCUCCACUGUGGCCCCCCUCUUACCUUUUCUCCUCACUUGCCUAUCACCUCCCUCUGGUACAUCUCCCCCCCCCCCCCCUUCUCUUUCUCCCUUGAUCCACUCUCCUCACUGAUCAGAUUCCUUCUUCUCCAGCCCUUAAUCUUUUGCACCCAUCACCUCCUAGCUUCUUACUUCACCCCCUCUCCCACACUCACCUAGCUUUCUCCUAUCAUUUUCUAGCUUCUAUUACUUCUCCUUCCUUCACUUUUUUAUUCUGGCUUCUUUGCCCUUCCUUACCAGUUCUGAUGAAGGGUGUCAGUCUGAAAUACCAACUGUUCACAUACUUCCGUUCCCCCCAGCAUUUUGUAUCAUUCUGUUGAAUCCUUCUAACACUAGCAUAUGCUUUUGAGGUGCAGAACCCAGAACUUGAUCUCUUCCUGAUGCAGUUUAACCUCAUAGUAUAACACGCAAGCCCUCUGAACUGUAAGCCUCUUUAAGAUCAAAGGUUCAGAUUCCAUUAGCUGUAUACUUUAAUAUCUGUGUUCAGCAUUAUUUCUUUAAUGAUAUUUAUUCAAAUAUUUAAUUCUCAUUGCCUCCCUGUUUUCUGUUAAUUGUCUCUAGCCUUAGGUGCUAGUUUGAUAAUUUUCAUUUGCAAAAACUAAUUUUCCAAGGCAAAACACCCCAAAUCUAAGAUAAAUGGCUGUAAAAAAAAAAAUUAAUGUGGUGGUGUUAAUAUUCAACAUAUCUUACAGGUCAUACCUGCAGUAUAUAAAAAUAAUUCACAGCUGUAUUUUUCAUUAAUAUGGCAAUCAUUGCUGUUUGUAGAAACAGUUUGUACUUUAACCUAACAGUUAAAAUAAAUUGGUCCUCUAGCUCUCAAUCACAGUCUGACUAAUGAGUAAAACAUUUUUGGUCUUUGCCAGCAAUUUUCCACAGAGUAGGAAGGUAUGAGUAUUCUAUGUAGAAGAAGGAGUAGGUGGUGACGUUCCUUCUGGUCUUAUUUUUUUUAAUUCCCUUUCCCAGAUUGAGGAAUCAUGAAUGCAUUGUACUUGCCUCUUGUGUUCAUUAAUACUUCUUCAAAAUUAAUGUGUUCAAAGGGGCUUAACGGUGCCACAAACAAAUCUAACAAAUAGAUUUACAAGAUUUGAUGCCUUUGCAGAUGGGUACAAGCAGCGCCCUGUUAAAUUAGCAACUCUGUCGAUUUAGUAACUAAAAAAAACUUGAAGUGUAUGCUGAUUUCUUCUCUGAAACAUAUGUAAAUACAAGGCAUCAUUUUGAAUCUUACGAUCAGCACACAGCACCUGGAUCACUCCUAUUGUCACCCUUGCAGCACAACCUCUUUAUUGCUAAUGAUUAGAUGCGAGUUAGUACUCAAUUACCAGACUUAAUUUUGUUAUUUCAUUUCUAUUUCCCACAAAGAGCAAACUCAAACUGAGUUUGGCAUCAGAGUUUUUUAAUUUGGUUGAUUGUUAACACAUUUAUUAUAUUUGGUGUUGCUUAAUGUUUCUGUACUGAAAACUAAAAAAUAUACUGGAAUACAUGAA